GGUGAGUCAGAGGAGAAAAGCGGCUCAGCCUGGUUAGCUGUGAACCUCUCUAAAGCAGUGGAGACGCCUAAGUCCUUAACAAGGUCUUCUACUGCACAACGAUGCUACCAAAAAAAAUCAAGCUUCUGCUGUUCCUGGUUUCCCAGAUGGCCGUCUUCAUUCUAUUCUUCCAUCUUUCCGGCCACAACCUCAGUUCCCUGUCUAGGAAGGAGGAGCCCAAGCCUGUGCAUGUGCUGGUCCUGUCUUCCUGGCGCUCGGGCUCUUCCUUUGUGGGGCAGCUUUUUGGGCAGCACCCAGAUGUCUUCUACCUGAUGGAGCCUGCCUGGCAUGUCUGGAUGAGCUUCACACAAAGCACUGCCUUGAAGUUGCACAUGGCAGUACGGGACCUGGUCCGGGCCAUCUUUCAGUGCGACAUGAGCGUCUUUGAUGCCUAUAUGGUUCCUGGUCCCCGGAAACAGUCCAGCAUCUUCCAAUGGGAGACCAGCCGGGCCCUGUGUUCCCCGCCUGCCUGCAGCAUCUUCCCACGAGAUAGGAUCAUCCCCCAGGCUCACUGCAAGGUACUGUGCAAUCGGCAGCCCUUCGAGGUGGUGGAGGAGGCCUGCCGCUCCUACAGCCACGUGGUGCUCAAGGAGGUGCGCUUCUUCAACCUGAAGGCCCUUUACCCACUGCUGAUAGAUCCUGCCCUCAACCUGCACAUUGUGCACCUGGUCCGUGACCCCAGGGCUGUGUUCCGUUCCCGAGAACGCACUGCGGGAGAACUCAUGAUUGACAACCGCAUUGUGGUAGGGCAGCUGUGGAACAAACUCGAGAAGGAGGACCAAGCCUACCACGUGAUGCAGGCCAUCUGUGAAAGUCAGCGGGAAAUCUAUGAAGCCGUCCAGUUCUUGCCUGAGGCCCUGAAGCAGCGCUACCUGCUCAUGCGCUAUGAGGACCUGGUCCGGAAGCCCCUGACCCAGACUUCCCAGAUGUAUGACUUCGUAGGCUUGAAAUUCUUGCCCCGGCUCCAGACCUGGGUACAUAACAUCACCCAAGGCAAGGGCACGGGUAAGCAUGCCUUCCACACAAAUGCUAGGAAUGCCCUCAAUGUCUCCCAAGCCUGGCGCUGGUCUUUGCCUUACAAAAAGGUUACUCAAAUUCAGAAAAUCUGUGGUGAUACCAUGAACUCGCUGGGCUACCGCCAAGUAAAGUCUGAGAAAGAGCAGAGAAACCUGUCACUAGAUCUUCUGUCUACCAGCAUCCUAACCGAGCAAGACUACCAGGAGGAUUGA